GCCUAUAUUACACAAAAGAAAGUUCAGCGGCGCAUUCAGUCUUCAACAUGUCGUACAGCAAGAGAGCCGCGUUCACCUGUGCUGCCGUCAGUGUCCUGGUGCUGGUCCUGGCCCCCAUUCACCUGAUUCAAGGAUUUCCCAAUGGAGCCCCGACGACGGCCUGCGCCUCCAUGACGCCCGGCCAUGGAGUCGGCGCUCAGACCAGUGCAUCUCCUUUCAUGACGGAGCUUCUCGACGGGGAGACGGUAGUGAUGGACGGCUCCGUGCGAGUCGAGCUGCGUCCCCAACUGAACGGCGUGAAUAGAUUCAAAGGUUUCCUCGUGAUGGCAUUCGACAAGAGCGACGAGUCCAAACCCAUCGGGUCCUUCAAACAACCGGUGGACGGCAAACUAAUUGACUGCUCAGGUGGCCAAAUGAACGCCGUCACGCACACGAAUAACCUCGAAAAGAAAUCAGUGGCGCUCGAGUGGGUCCCACCUCAAAACUUCAUGGGCCAAGUGGUCUUCAGGACGACUUAUGUGGAGAAUAAGGCGACAUUCUGGGUCAAGACGGAAUCCAAAGCUGUCGCUUUUGUUUUGGAAAUCCCAGCUGCAACAACAACAACCACUACAACAACUACCGAAGCAUCGACAACAACAACCACCACCACCACUGCGCCCAUGUCGACUUCCACGAUGCCAGCGCCAACACAAUCACAUCACGAUCACGAUCACGAUCAUAAAAUGACUACAAUGGCUCCAGUGAAGCCAGCGGAUUCUUCAUCGCCUUCCAGCAGUCUCUCGGCCGGUUUGAUCGCCGUUUCUUUGCUGACCUUUUUGAUGCGAUAAUAACCAACUAUACUAUAUAAUAGAUCCACAAUCACACAAUGUGGCAACUUAUUAUUUUUGUAAUAAUAGGCUACAUGCACGAAAACUCUAUAAGUUAUGCGAGUUGAAUAUUAUAGAUGAUGUAGGAUAACCCCCCGAAAAAAUUGUUCACUGUACACUUUAAUUCUUGGACAGAUACGACGGAAUAAUAAUAGAGACGGUAGUCAAUGUGACCAAUAAACUUUUAACAAAUAA